AGAGCGUCUUAUCGGAGUUUUACCCAUGAAGCUUUGACAAAGUAUAAAUUUAGCAUCUGAAGCAUCAACAUCUGGAGUGGAGAGGAAUAUUGUCUCCUCGUUGGAAACCCGCAAGUUCUGUGAUACUAGGUUUCCGGCUGCUAACCUUCCAGUCAGAUAUACUUAUCAGAUACUGCAAAAGAUCAGGGGGCGUGAGGCGUCGUUUCAACGCGGGCGAAGUCAACAAGCAGAAAAUAUGCCCACAGUCGUUGACGGAAGGAAUGUCGAUGUCGUCACAUACGACACACCGACUACAUCAACAUCAAUUGCUGAAGAAGGAUAUCGUACGCAACGAGUGGAGGGCGGCAAUAGUCGGCUAAUGGAUGAAUACGUCUCGACAGUUACCAACGGUAGGAUUUGGGAGUUGCAUGCAUAG